CGCGCCCGCAGCGCUCCCUCCUCUUCCUCCUCCUCCCCCUCCCUUUCUCCUCCUCCAACUCAGGUCUCCCUGGUUUUCACUCGCACAAACUGUUUUCCCUGGGAGCUGACAGUUAGGCACCUCCGUCCGGUUCAUUCGCAACUGGCGCCUGAAGCUUUUAUUUUAUACACCCGGCUGAUUCCAACUGGGGGGGGGAACCUAAAUCUUGUUGUGGGAGUUGAGGACACAGGACUCUCUUUCUUCACCCCCAGGACUCCUUCCUUUUUGGACUUUUUCUUCUGCUUUGAUGAGAGGCUUCUCACCCUGCAAAGUGCUUUAUGGUGACUGACACUGAACAUGCCCCGCAGUCCCACUUCAAGUGAAGAUGAGAUGGCGCAGAGCUUUUCAGACUACUCAAUGGAAUCCGAAUCCGACAGCUCUAAAGAAGAGACCAUCUAUGACACCAUCAGAGCCACCGCGGAGCGCCCGACCAGUCGGCUGGAAGAUAUCCAGACCAACACUAUGGUCAUCAGGAUUGUGAUCCCAGAUCUUCAGCAAACCAAAUGCAUUCGCUUCAACCCUCACGCCACGGUCUGGGUGGCCAAGCAGCGCAUUCUGUGCACCCUCAACCAGAGUCUGAAGGACGUUCUCAACUACGGACUGUACCAACCCUUCAGUAAUGGGAGGGAGGGCAAAUUCCUGGACGAGGAGCGGCUUCUCAGGGAAUACCCCCAGCCCAUGAGCAGGGGGGUUCCAUCUCUGGAGUUUCGUUACAAGAAGAGGUUGUACAAAGAGCCCAGCCUCGAUGAGAAGCAGGUAGCCAAGCUCCAUACCAAGGGUAAUCUGAGGAAAUUUAUGGAUUAUGUACAUCACUGCUCUGUGGAGAAAAUCUCCAAGAUGUUGGACCGAGGGCUGGACCCAAACUACCACGACCCAGAUAAUGGAGAAACCCCUCUGACAUUGUCUGUGCAGAUGGAUAACGCAAUUGAUAUGAUCAAGGCUCUACGCGUUGGGGGGGCCCACUUGGACUUCAGAGCCAAAGAUGGAAUGACAGCUCUGCAUAAAGCAGCAAGGGCAAAGAAUCAGUCAUCUCUUGUGACCCUGCUGGAGCUGGGAGCUUCUCCGGAUUACAAGGAUAGCCGGGGUCUGACCCCGUUGUACCACACGGCCAUGGUGGGAGGGGACCCUUACUGUUGCGAGCUGCUGCUUCACGAACAUGCGGCGGUCGGGUGCAAAGAUGAAAACGGCUGGCAUGAGAUUCACCAGGCUUGUCGACACGGCAACUUCCAGCACCUCGAGCACCUUCUGUUCUAUGGAGCCCACAUGGGAGCACAGAAUGCGUCCGGAAACACCGCUCUUCACAUCUGCGCUUUGUAUAAUCAGGACAGCUGUGCCCGGGUGCUGCUAUUCCGAGGGGCAAACAAGGAGAUAAAGAACUACAACAGCCAGUCUCCAUUCCAGGUUGCUAUUAUUGCUGGAAAUUUUGAACUUGCCGAGUUUAUUAAGAACCACAAGGAAUCUGAUAUCGUGCCAUUCAGGGAAGCGCCCAGCUACUCUCGUCGGAGAAGGGGGCCUCAAAGCACGUUGGCAGCACCCAGAGUCUUGCUCCGCUCCAACAGUGACAACAACCUCAACGUCAACAACCUCCCGGAGUGGUCAGCCUCCUCGGCCUCUUUACACCGCAGCCUUUCACCACAGCUACUGCAACAGAUGCAGAAUAAUCCUAAUGGUACAGUGAAAACAGUUGGGAGCUAUGCCCAGGUACCACGGAGCCGCUCACCAUCGUUGAACCGCUUGGGGGAGGAUGCAAAGAGACAACAGCACAGGCAUAUUAGUCCUGUUGCUAACAAGGAAUCCGCGCCUGCCUUGGAUUAUCAGGGUCCUAAACGCAAGCUGUACAGUGCAUUGCCUGGAAGGCAUUUCAUCGUGGUGAAAUCCUAUCAGCCCCAAGGUGAAGGAGAAAUCCCCCUUCAUAAAGGAGACCGGAUAAGAGUUCUGAGCAUUGGCGAAGGAGGAUUCUGGGAAGGAAAUGCCCGGGGGCAUGUGGGAUGGUUUCCCGCAGAAUGUGUGGAAGAGAUUCAGCCCAAGCCAAGUGAUGGACGAUCGGAGACCCGCUCCGACAGAACCAAAAAACUCUUCCGGCACUACACUGUUGGAUCUUACGACAGCUUUGAUGCAUCCAGUGACUGCAUCAUCGAGGAGAAGACCGUUGUGCUGCAGAAAAAGGAUAAUGAAGGUUUUGGAUUUGUGCUCCGAGGAGCAAAGGCUGACACACCUAUUGAGGAAUUCAACCCAACACCAGCCUUUCCAGCCCUGCAGUACCUGGAAUCAGUGGAUGAGGAUGGGGUGGCUUGGCAAGCUGGACUACGGACUGGGGACUUCCUGACUGAGGUUAACAACGAGAAUGUGGUGAAAGUUGGCCAUAGGCAGGUAGUGAACAUGAUCAGGCAUGGAGGCAACCACCUUGUUCUCAAGGUUGUGACCGUGACCAGGAAUCUGGAUCCGGAUGAUACGGCGAGAAAGAAAGCCCCACCACCGCCAAAACGGGCCCCGACUACCGCACUCUCCUUGAGAUCUAAAUCAAUGACCUCAGAGCUUGAAGAACUUGCAGUGGAUAUAGCCUCUGUACGGAGACGGAAGGAUGUUCAAGUUUCAGAUGUUGAGUGUUUGAAGAGGAGGAUUGUAAUUCGCGUUGCACUAAACAAAUCGGAGGAAUCGGGUCCCAUUUCAAAGCCCUUAAGACCACUGGACAACACACCAGUAAAUUCCAGAGUUGCCACAGUAAAACAGCGCCCAACUAGUAGAUGCUUCCCUGCCGCCUCAGACACCAAUUCAAUGUAUGAUAGGCAGGGUAUCGCUGUAAUCCCGCCCACUACUCCAGGAAGCCAUCAAGGUCCAUUUCUGGGUAUACCCCGUGGCACAAUGAGAAGGCAAAAAUCCAUAGAUUGUUUCCUUUUGUCAGACAGCAGAAUUCCUUUGUCAGGCAUCACUGAGGAGGAACGGCAGUUUUUAGCUCCCCCUAUGUUGAAGUUUACUAGAAGUUUAUCCAUGCCAGAUGCCUCUGAAGAUAUCCCACCUCCACCAGCAACCUUACCGCCUUCACCACCGCCUCCUUCACCGUCUUCAUUCAACUCCCCUAAAUCUCCAGCUCCCAGGGGGUACGGAACCAUUAAGCCGGCCUUCACCCAGAAUUCAGGAACAAAGUCUCCGUCUCCAGCCGUACGGUCGGACAAUGUCGGGACAAUUGCCAGAGACAAAAGUAUGUACUUCAGGCAUGAGGCCAACAGGUUCUCCUUGGACUCUGAGGAGCUGUACAAUUCCAACAUGUCAACCCAGCAGAACUUUAUCAACAAAAGAAGCAAGAUGCCUGAAAACCCUUAUUCUGAAGUAGGAAGAUUAGGAAAUAAAGGGGUGUAUGUGCCAGCCAAACCUGUCAGGAGGAAGGGAAUGCUGGUGAAACAGUCCAAUGUGGAGGACAGCCCUGAGAAGACAUGUUCCAUUCCCAUCCCAACAAUCAUCAUUAAAGAGCCUUCAACCAGUAGCAGCGGCAAGAGCAGCCAGGGUAGCAGCAUGGAGACGGACCUCCAAAUCUCAGAGCAAGUGGGACAGUUGCGGCCUGAUGAAAGUCUUAAUGUAAGUGGUCCAUUUGCAGCUGCCAUUGCUGGAGCAGUAAGGGACAGGGAAAAGAGACUAGAAGCCAGGCGAAACUCCCCAGCCUUCCUGUCAACAGACUUGGGGGAUGAGUGUGUGGGUCCCAAACCGAGCCCAAGGUUGCAACAUUCAAAGUCUAUCGAUGAUGGAAUGUUCUGCAGUGAGGAGAAGGCAAAGCAUUUCAUGGCCCCCAGCUCUUUGAUUAUCAACAGAGGAUCUUCUAAUGCCUUUACUAACAAUGACUCCAGCCAUCAGGGAGACGUGAGCAAUGCAAGGAUGUCUAAGAUCAAAGGGCCUGAGAACAAUGCAGCUCCAGCAAAAAGCACCAACGCCUCUGGUAAUUACAUGCAUCCCGUCACAGGGAAGCUGCUCGACCCAAACUCGCCUCUGGCACUGGCCUUGGCUGCUAGAGACAGAGCUUUGAAGGAACAAAACCAACCCAGCCCUAGCCCUACAGAUCCAGAAAAAGCAGAUCUGAACAAGCCACUUUUUAUAGAUACCAAGUUACGCUCUGGCAUGGAGACAAUCAAUGCAAAUCGACCGAACAUGCGAGGGAUGUUAAAGAGACAGGAGACGGAGAGCAAGCAUGAACCGGACUCAUCCAAGGAGGAGAAACGGCAGGGAGAGAAAAAGAAUAUGCUGAUCAACAUCAUGGACACCUCACAGCAGAAGACAGCUGGUUUGCUCAUGGUACAUACAGUAGACACCACCAAAGCAGAUAAUGUACUGACUGAAAGUGAAGAAGCAGAGAAGGACCCACCACCUGAGAACUCAAACUCUCCAGUACCAGAACCCAGGGAAGAGUUAGAGAAUUCCAUACCCAAGGCCAGUGAGUGUGGAACCCCUGCAGCUCCCCACAUCAAAGCCAUCGUAUCCGUCUGUUCUGUGGAAGAGCCGGUUAUCUUACCUUUCCGUAUCCCUCCUCCUCCUUUUGCCUCAGUAGAUGUGGAUGAGGACUUUGUUUUCACCGAACCACUGCCUCCUCCUCUGGAGUUUGCCAACAGUUUCGACAUCCCUGAGGAUGCGUCCCAAAUUCCGCCCGCUAGUCUGGCCGAUUUGUUGAUUCAGAGGAAGAACAGAGCUUUUCCUCCACCUUCAUUUAAUCCCAAUAUUGCCUCUAAUUCUAUAGAAAGUAAAAGGCUAGCGGCCCUGUCUAACUGCCUGCCCACCUCUUUCAUGCAGCACCCUGAAAGCUUUGAUAACGUGACUGACUCUGGGAUUGAAGAGGUGGACAGCCGAAGCGGCAGUGACCAUCACUUAGAGACCACAAGCACUAUUUCCACUGUCUCCAGUAUAUCGACCUUGUCUUCUGAGGGGGGAGAGAACCUGGACACAUGUACAGUCUAUGCAGAUGGGCAAGCGUUUCUAGUGGACAAACCCCCAGUACCUCCAAAGCCAAAAGUAAAGCCCAUAAUCAACAAAAGCAAUGCACUUUAUAAGGAUGCUGUCCUGGAAGAAAACCUAGAUAAUUUUGCAGUCCCCCCUCCUGCUCCACCUCCUCUACCUUUAAGUAUUCAGCCCAGUAUGACCAAAGCUGGACAGCAAAGGACCUCCAAGUUAUGGGGUGAUAACACGGAAGUCAAAAGCUUAGUCAUGCCAAGCCCCAAAGCCAAUGUUAUAAGUGAAUUAAAUUCUAUUUUGCAACAGAUGAACAGAGAGAAGGCCACAAAGACAGGGGAAGGGCUGGAUUCACCCACUGGCAUGAAAACUGCAAGUCUCAGCACAAGGGGCACAGAUGCCUUGAGUACAGUCUCAGGUAACCGAAACGCCGCGGUCACUUUCACCAUCCGUCCUGGAGCCAACCAGCCAAUCUCGUUACAGAACAGGACGCCUGAGUUUGACAGCCGGGUUACAGGAAUGCGACGAGCCCCCAGUCCUGUGGUGGUAUCACCAGCCGAGAUCAUAAGAGAUAUAAAGCCUGGUCCCCUGUCAGCUCCGCCAGCCUCCAUGUCCGACGUCUUUAUCUUACCCAGCCAGCCCCCUUCAGGGGACAUGUUUGGAAUGAGCAUGGGAAGAAGUAGAUCCCCUUCCCCUUCCAUUUUACAGCAGCCAAUUUCAAAUAAGCCUUUUUCUGCAAAGCCAAUCCACAUGUGGACUAAACAGGACGUAGCAGAGUGGCUAGAAAGCCUCCAUCUAGGAGAACACAGAGAGAUGUUUAUGGAUAAUGAAAUAGAUGGAACCCAUUUACCGAACCUUCAGAAGGAAGAUCUAAUAGACCUCGGUGUCACCAGAGUAGGCCACCGGAUGAACAUAGAGCGAGCUUUAAAACAGCUUUUGGACAGAUAAAAGUACCUAGCAUUGCCUCGUCAACGUUUUUUUUCCCUUUGACGACCCUUGUCUUUCUGACAGUCGAAUUUCUAAAUGGGAGCCCUGAAAUACUUAUAUUAAAGAGAAAAAUAAACACUAAUUUAAUUAUCUUUCUUUACUGCAAGUUUAAAUAGCUGUACAGAUAAUUUAUAAGCACAAUAUUUUAAGGAGAUAAAAGUGGCUGGUCUACUGGGCUGCCAUGGUGCCACUUUGGUUCUAGAAAGAAAAAAAAAAAAAGGAAAAAAAAAAAAACUUUUGUGAUUUAAUAAUACUAUUUCUGUGGAAUAAUUAUUAAAAAAAAAUGCAAAACAAAAAACAAACAAACAAAAGAUUGACCUUUUUAAAUCAGCCUCAUUUGGAUGCACCAGAACCAGCUGAGCUGUGUUUCAUUUUUUUGUAUCUUUGCUAGAACUUCUUCAUAGAAGGAUAAAUAUUUCUUCAACGAUGGGUAUAAAUCAUGCAGCAUUUAGUAAAUAUAUAUAAAUAUAAAUAUAUAUAUAGAUAGAAAAAAAAAAGCAAUUUUAUGUAAAAGCCCCCUAUGGAAACAAGUCAUUUGCUCCUCUUCAGUAUGAGAGGAACCUUAACGAUUUGGCUACGUAUUAACUUGGACAGGUUAGAAGUUUUGUGUCUAUUCCUUUGCAGGUCUGUAUAUGAAAAUUUCAAAUAUGACUAAAAGAAAAUGAAAAAGAUGUCUUUAUUAGUACCAGGGCCGGUUUUAGGAUAUAGCAUAAAGAGCAUUUUCUCUUGGUGGGGAAACCACAGAUAAAAGUACAAAGGACGUAUUACAUUUGCUUGAAAAAUACAGUAGAUACAGGAGGGAUUCUGACAGUUGUUGGAAGACUUUAGGUUGGAACCUCUGCAGAUGGUUUUUAUGAGGAUUCUCAUUUAGAGGACUUUAAGUUGGACAUCUAUCCAACACUGAGUCCUCCACAGCCUGUUUCGAUUGUUGCUGAAAUUCUUAGUUGGAGGACCAUUGGUAAGACAGCUGUUAGAUGUGAAGUCUUCCAACUGUAACUCUCUGAAUUCCAGCAACACAUGGAGCUGGAGUUCAACCACAACUUAAGUAUUAAAGACUGAGCUGUGAAAUCACAGGUGAUUGGACAUCCAUCUAACAAGGUGGAGUUCAACCACAGUUAAAAGACUACAUGGUGGACACUUUGCUUCCUCAGAUGGUCAUGCAAACAGGCUGCGGACUUGUAAUUGACGGACCUCGGGUUCGACAUUUGCCUAACCCAAAGUCCUACAAAUGCAACUCUUUGAAUCCCAGUGACACUUGGAUUUGAAGUUCAAUCAUAGCUUAAGGACAACAGGUUGGACAUUUAACCUUCUUAAGUGUUCCAACCUGAAGUCCUCCAACUGCGUCUCUCAGAAUCCCACCACUACUUGGAAUUGGAGUUCAACCACAGCUUCAGGACUGCAGGUUGGGCAUUUUACCUCCACAGCUGGCCAUGCAGACAGGCUAAGGGCUCUUGGUUGGAGGACUUAAGGUUGGCCAUCAUUCCAGCCUGAGGUCCUCCAACUGCAAGAAUCCCAAUGACACUUGGAAUUGGGUAGUUCAACCCCAGUUUAUGGAUUAUAGUUUGGACAUUUUACAUCCACAGGUGAUCAUGCAGAUAGGCUAUGGACACUCAGCUGGAGGUUUUAAGGUGGGACAUUUAUUCACCCUAAAGUCCUCCAACUGCAGCUCUCAGAAUCCUGCUGACACUUAAGGCUGGAGUUCAACAACAGCUUGAGGUCUAUAGGUUGGCUGUAGCCUCCGCUUGUCUAUUUCCGGCCCUGAUAAAUACCAUAAAUCAUUUUUUUCCAUGAUCAACCGGGUAAAGACUGUACAAAAACAUCUAAAGUUCUACGUUCGUAUUUCUGUUUUAUAUAACCAUUCUUUUGUAGUGGAACCUUCAGCUUUGUUACAAAGCGUACGAAUGGUUUUUGCAGCCAUCAUUGUCUUCCACUUGGUGAUGAUUUCGGAAUUAAAUAUUUCAACCACAAUGGCCAUGAUACUUUUUUUUUUUCUUAGAUGCAUAUGGUAUUACCUCUCUACAAUGUGCCAGAAAACGGAGUCUUGAGUUGGGGGCUCUGCUUUUGGUAAAGUCUCAGACUCCUCAUCGUCGUUGAUUGUGCUGAUUAGGGCAAGACUAUUUUUCCUUGUGUAUGUUCAGGCACUUAACGCAAAUAUGUAUUUAGUAGAAACAAGAGAAACAUUUUAAAGAGCUAAUUAAAUAGUAUAUUUUUACAUGGUGUCUUAUGAAAGGUUGUAUGGGGUGUAGGCUAUGAAUUGUUUUGAAUUGUUCGCUAAUUAAAAAGAUUUGCCAUAAUUACUUUGCGUAUGAACCAUUUGGGGUGGGAUCAGCCUCCAGCCCUUUCGCUGGUCUCACAAAAACAAAUGGGGAUGUAGAAUUAGGAAGGGUACAAAAAAAAAGAAAAAAAAAUGUUGGUCUUGGAGCUCGUUCAGUGGAGCUCCGAUAAAACGCAACCAAUCACAGUGCUUGUUGCGACGCGUAGGGAUAUAGGUUUAGAAUUUUUUUGUUACAUAGUGUAAUUUAACACUUUUUUUCUUUACAUCUCUACUUUGUCAUUUUUGUGUCUACGACACCAACAUUUUACAAAAGUUUCAAAAAAAUAUUGUAAAUUGUGUACAAUCUGCACAGCAGCCAUUGACGGAGAAAUUCUGUUUUUUUUGUUUUGUUUACUUUUUUAAAUUCUCUUAUACAGAUGACUAGGUGUGACUGUUGAUUUAAUACUCAAGGGGGGGGGGGGGUUAAGUUUAAUUAAAGUGAUUGAAAACUUUGCUUUGCAAUCAAUGACAUCAGAGCCAGGAAUCCAAAAUAUGAGAAUUCUUUUGCCCAUGACAAAAUUAACAAAUAUUUUUUUUUUUGUCUGUUCCUUGCUCAGUUUUGUAUUACCAGCCUGUGUUCACAUUGUUAAUGUUUGCUGUAAUUUUGUGCUUUAAUUACCAUGAUGACGGAACAAAUUUAAAAAAAAAAAAAAACCAAGCUACUGUAAUUGCACUUUUUUUCUCCAAAUCCUCGAUACUAUUGUAUGGCAACCAAAUUACUGUAAAAAAUAAAUAAAUAUCCUAUUGCACUAAAGGUGUGGCUCUGAUUACAGACUAAUGUUCUGUUUGGACUCAAUAAAAUGACAAAAGUUGCCAAACA